AGUAAUUGUUCAUAAGGUGGUCAAUGCGCUCCUAUGUAAACUCGAGCCUUAGUGCUUCCAAAGGUUCUCACCAAUGCCUUAUCUGACCUUAUCAGAAGCUUAUCGAGCGCUUGGACCACUGAUAACACUUUGACCCUAAACGCUCCACCACAAUUCCCUUUGUCAAGUCAAAAUUAGCUUUGGUGAAAUUCGUCUUUUUCCUCCCCAAUCCACGACGCCAACCGACGACAACCUCAUCACCGGUCGCCCAACGCCCAAUUCCGACAACAUGGGUCCCAAAGUUUCUGCGAAAGACGGCAAGCCCAAGGGGCUCAAGAAGGCCUCUGCUGCCGCCAAGGCUGCUCUCCGUGGUGACAACCCCAACAAGAAGCGCAAGGUCAGAACGUCUACCACAUUCCACCGCCCCAAGACCUUGGCUCUGUCUCGGGCGCCCAAGUACCACCGAAAGUCGAUCGCCCAUGAGCCCCGCCUGGACGAGCACAAGAUCAUCGUCCACCCUUUGAACACCGAGUCUGCCAUGAAGAAGCUUGAGGAGCACAACACCCUUGUCUUCAUUGUCGAUGUCAAGUCCAACAAGGCCCAGAUCAAGCAAGCUCUCAAGAAGCUCUACGAGAUCGACGUCGUCAAAAUCAACACCCUCAUCCGACCCGAUGGCAAGAAGAAGGCCUAUUGCAAGCUCACCCCUGACGUCGAUGCUCUCGAUAUCGCCGCCACCAAGCUUGCUCUGGUUUAGUAGCCGGGUGUUUUUUGUGUGGGAUUGGGCGUGUAUGGUUUAUGCUGCUCGUACUGAGUGUUACGAAACGCUCCGAGCUGAAUGAAACUGGCAUUGAGAACGGCGUUCCAUCGGAUCAUGGUUAUGUGUUUAAUGAACAAACAAAAAGUGACCUUCAUGCGCCAGGGCAAUGUGAAUAUUCGCCUUCUAUUCUAUCCUAUUGUUACAACGUGAACAGCCAUUAUUCGUGACUUGUAGUAAACUCGCAUCAUAUAGGCUUGAAGAGAUACUCGGAAGCCCAUAAUCUCCGUUUCGUCGGUAGAUUGAGACCUCUUACGUGAUAGAUCAUACGUAGAGCGCCAAGCGAUGUGUAUACCGAUAAUUUAAAGGAAGUUGUGUGAUCUAUUUUAGUUCUGACGAAUGUUCUGUAAAUGCUUCAUCGUCAAGGUGCUAACGUCGAAGAAGCGCUCAGCGCAGUUCGCCAUACAGCUCUCCUCCGUCUUGUCGAGCUUGCCGUUCCUGAUCGAUCCCGUGAUGCACUUCCUGAAGCAGACGUCGGUCAGGGAGUGGACGGCUAGAAAGGAAACAUGGGGGGUUAGCGCACGAUCUCUUUCGGAAGGGGUUUUGGAGGGGUGGGAGUGCUAGAUGAGCUUAAGCAAGAGAGCAAUGGGGCUUGUUAAGUCUUUGGAUAACGUAUGGAUGUUUGUAUGAGUGUAUACGUAGAUGUAGACGUACUGGCUUGCACGCGAGCCUUCUGG